CUCGCACACACCCACUUUUUUUCCACAUAUACUUUGAAGCUUGCACAAACCAUCUGGAGAGCUGUCCACAGCGGCAGCCGCUCGGUCCAUCAUGGCCAAGUCGAGUGAUCUGAAAAUAUUCUUGGAGUCCUCUCUGAAUGAGAUCUUUAAAGCCACAGUGAGCGACAUCCUGGACUCAGUGGACCGGACCCUGUCCGAGUACCAGGGCACAAUACGGAGGAUCGAGUCCGAAAACGAGGGCCUGAAGCGGCUGCUGUUUGCACGGAAGAGCACCGACUCUGCUGCCAGAGACAUUGCUGAACGAGAUGCGACUGAAAAGUUCUCGGCUUCAGAGUGGAAUAAUCAUCCCAUCAUCUCCACCCAGAGCACAUUCAAGGUGUCCAUAUGCAGCAGCGACAAGAAGAGCCUAAAGAGGAAGCAGAAAGACAAGAUGAGGGACAGCACAUCCUCCUCCUCAUUUUUACUGCAGACUGAUCAGAUGGCAGAAACACCACAUGUGAACCCAGCAGAGGCAGGCCUGUCCACCCCUAACUUAAUAUCAGUGAAGACAGAGCCUGGCCUGGAUGAGAACAGUGCUAUUGACCUUUCGCAGCCUCCUUCUCUUCUCAAUCUGACAAUGAAGCCUAUAAAGAAUGAGGUCAGUUUUGACAGUCAUGAUGCAUUUGAACCUCUGCCACCAUCUACAGGCCUCGAACAAGACUCCAGAGGCAGCGACAGUGAGGUUAAGGUCACCAUUGUUUCGGACACUUACAUGCAGGAUGGACAGUUCAUUAAAACGGAGGAGGAGGAGCAGAAUGGGGUGUUGGAGUACGGUGACAAUGACUGUUUUUCCAAGCAAGAGUUGAAGCAUGUCUUGAAAUAUUACCCUGAAUCAGAAAUAAAUCCUGAGCCAGCGAGCAGACAGGAAGAAGAGCCAGAAGUAGCGCCGCACGAGGAAAAUGCUGCUGCUCCUGCAGAUGAGUUUUUGGAGAUCCGUGACAACUUUUUGCGCUGUCCCUCUUGCCCAAAAACAUUCAGUCGAGCUGCUUCGCUCAACAUCCACAUCAAGACACACAGCGCUGAGAAAGCCCACACCUGCAGCUACUGUGGCAAGCGUUUCGGCCGGGCCGAUCUCCUCAAAUCCCACAAGCGCACCCACACAGGAGAAAGACCCUACAGCUGCAACAUGUGCAGCAAAACAUACGCUCAUCCCAGUCAGCUUCGGAUACACAAACGCGUUCACACUGGAGAGAAGCCGUAUUCCUGCUCCCACUGCGGGAAGUGCUUCAAUGAGCACAACCAGCUCAAAGUCCACCUGCGGACUCACACGGGGGAGAGGCCUUACAGCUGCAAUGAGUGCGGAAAAACGUUUAGCAACGCAGGCAAUCUGCGUAUUCACGAGAGGAUCCACACAGGUGAGAAGCCAUACUGCUGCGCUCAGUGUGGGAAAAGAUUCAACGGCUUGGGCGACCUCAAAACACACUACAGGAUUCACACUGGAGAAAGGCCGUACAGCUGCGAGCUGUGCAAGAAGACAUUCAGCCAGGCGGGACACCUUACCAUACACAUGCGGAUGCACACGGGAGAGAGACCGUACAGCUGCAACGAGUGCGGCAAGAAGUUCACGGUGGCCAGCAGCCUUAAGCUGCACCAGAGGACUCACACAGGAGAGAAGGAGUACAGCUGCUCGUACUGCAACAAGAGCUUCAGCAGGUCGGGUCACCUGAAGAGACACGAGCUGGUCCACACCAAAGAGAAGGUCUUCCUGUGCAGCCAGUGUGGGAAGACCUACACCGAUCAGUCCUCGCUGAAAAAGCACCUGAAGAUGCACGCGGCCAAGGAGCAGAAGGCUCAGAGCGAGGGGAGCACCAACGAGGCUGAAACAAACUGGCCGUCAGCCUCGGAGACAAUCUCAGACACUGAUAGAAAUUAGAACCAAAUUCUAAGGUGAUAAGUAAUAUAAAAGCUGAGAACGAGUGCAGUAUGUGUAAAUCAAGGCAAGCCUAUUAGCCAUUUCAGAAAAACACCUGAAAUGGCUGCAGCUUAGAUCAGCAGGAUAUUACAAACUGUUGUGCAGUAUUUUUGGUGUCUACAAAGCUUUCAUAUGUUUCUCAAAUGGGACUUCUUGGAUUGUAUUUCAUCGUUUCCCUGCUACCUUAAACAACAUGCAGCCUCCUGCUCUGUUUGAAAGCAUGGUUGUUUUUGGUUCGCUAAGGUUUCGUGCUGUGGUUGAAAGCUCCAGAAAAAGCUAGCAAGUGGAGCUUAAGUUAAAGGAAAACUUCACCACCAAAAUAAUCAUUUAUCUAUUACUUAUCCUAUAUUAUGUUGUAUCAGUGAUAGAAACUGUCCUUCCCCCAUGCCUUCAGGGAUAGAAGAAUCCAAAAUGGAAAAAAUUCUCCACGUAUGAUGGAGGCAGAGGUAGACCGGCAGCUUCUGUGUUCAGUGAGGGAAAUGACUGCUUUUGUCAGAGGAGUCUGGCUUUAAAGAGAGCACAGUUUAGGUCUCACUUUUAGUUCAGUUGUCUGCUGCAUUGGCUGUUUGUUUGGCAUAUACUGAUCAUACCCCUGGAUAAAUGAGACUUGGAUUAUACUGCACAAGUAUAUUUUUGAUGUUGUCAGACACGUACCCCUAUUACCCCAAUUCAUCAGUAAUUUUCUCUGUUGUCGGAUGCU